GGGUUCUGAGCAGCCGUCAGUACUUCAGCAUCAGCGCAGAGCAACACAAGCUGACUAACUGAAGACGACUUUAUUGACUCGCACCGUGGGGAUCUACUUUCCCGCUCUCUGGAGGAACUUUAACUCUUUAAUCUCGGUGGUUCAAUCGUCGCUUCGCCAUGAGUGUCAGUAUGACCUCGGAGAACGUGUUUCACUCGGCGCUGCAGCCCAACACGUCCGUCAGCACUUAUGCGGUUCCCUCCGAGACCGAGCUCGCGCACGGCGGGACCUACGCCAAGGAGGAGGCGAGGUUCAAGCGCGUGCACCAGCAGGUGACUUUGAGACUGGCGGAGAAAUCCACGCUCCCGCGCCAGAACGGCUCGUCGGCACAACACGCAGCCUCAGAGUCUGGGAAUUACUCAACGAUGACAAAAUAUUCAACAACGAGCCAGAAUUUCACUCCAAAUUUCAGCUCUAAAUCCUUUGUUUAUUCCUCCGGCAGACCAAUGACGACCCCGCGUCCAUCCCAGUACUCUAGUGGUUACUCAUCCCGCUCUGCCAUUGAUUUCGCCCCAAGAACCAAAAUGAGUUACACAGGAGGUGGUGGUGGUGGUGGAGGCGGGGCGUAUUACCAAGAAGAUUUAGGUUACCAGGGUGGUGGUUUCCAGGGUGGUGGUUACCAAAGUGGUGCUUACCAAAGUGGUGGCUACCAAAGUGGUGGCUACCAAUGUGGUGUGGGCCAAGUGCAACAGCAGCAGGUCAACGCAAUGACUCGAUCCUUCAGCCGAAUGGGGGGCGACCAGGACACCCAGUCCGUGCACUCCAUGCGUGUGGCAUCCAUACCACGCCACGUGGCUUCCUCAUGGGCGGCGCAGGAUGACAGCGACGGCAGCCUGGUUUCAGAACGAGAUGCCACUUACAUACAACAGGCCUCCAUGCAGAACAUGAGCAACGGUUACGUCGCCAACACCUACCCACGUCAGUCCGUGUAUUCGACCUCUAGGGUGAACGGAUUCGAGAGCGGACAGCAGCAGGUCAGUUCUAUGACGCUGCCGGCCAUGAAACGCUCCCUCAGUGGGACGCUGGCCACUGGCGGCGGAGGAGGUGGCAUGGAGCAGGAGGUCUACGUUAAGUCUACAUCCUUUAAAGGCCCCGCCCACCGCACCAUCAGCCGAAUCAACAACCGGCAAACGAGUCGCGGGGCCAGCAUAUCAUCAGGCAUGUAUGGAAGUGCUGGAUUCAGUGGCUCCCAGGGCAACCUGGCCAUGAUGCAGCAGGGACGGCUGUCACGCGCUGGAUCUGUCAGGAGCAUGCAUAGCGUCGGGAGAGGCAAGGAUGUGUUUGACGGCAUGGAUAUGGCAGGCAGCAUGGGCAACCUGAGCGGACUUAACAGUUUGGACAUGCCGACUGCCAUUACCUAUCUUGACGAUCCCGAUCCAAAUCUUCAGAUGUUGGGGGCUGCCUACAUUCAGCAUGAGUGUUACCAUAACAAUGAUGCAAAGAAACUGGUGAACCAGCUGAAGGGCAUUCCCCUCCUGGUCGACCUGUUCACCAGCGAGAGUGAAGAGGUGCAGCGCUACGCCACUGGCGCCACCAGAAACCUCAUCUAUGAGAACAUGGACAACAAAGUGGCCCUUAUUGAAUCCGGCGGGAUCCCCAAACUCAUAGGCGCCCUUAAAGAACAAGACGACGAACUCCGCAAGAACAUCACAGGUAUUCUGUGGAAUCUGUCUUCUAAGGAUAACCUGAAACAAAGGCUGGCACAAGAAACUCUUCCCGAAUUGACAGAGAAGAUUCUGAUUCCCCUCUCUGGCACCGGGGAAGACGACAUCAUUGAGCUGAACCCCUCCGAGUCCGACAUCUUCUUCAACACCACCGGCUGUCUCAGGAACUUGAGCUCGGUGAACGAGAAGACCAGAGAGAAGAUGAGAGGGACCAAUGGCCUUAUAAAUGCUCUGGUUGGCUAUAUUCAGAAAUGCUUGCUGGACAAGAAAAUGGAGGAGAAGGGUGUGGAGAAUGCAGUGUGUGUGUUGAGGAAUCUGUCCUUUCAGCUGUACAAUGAGAUGCCCCCUUCAGCACUUCUGCGGCUGGAGGGUCCGAAUCGAGCUCAGAGCUCCUCAAAAGCAGAAGCUAUCGGCUGCUUCACCCCUAAUAGCAAGAAGGCCAAAGACGUAAGAAGCUGCAUUCAAAUUCAUAUUUCACUUCUUAUUCUCAAACUUCAGCUUCAUCUCAUGUUGUGUCGUUUCUUCCAGAGACAAAAUCAGGACCUCACCACAUUUACAGAAGUGUCACGGGAGCCCAAAGACAUCGAGUGGCUCUGGCACCCUAAGAUAGUGGACGUGUAUAACCAGGUGCUGCAGAAGUGCGAGAUCAACUCCACAACGCGAGAGGCCGCGGCCGGAGCCCUGCAGAACAUCACAGCUGGAGAGAAGCGGUGGCCGUCCAUCUUGAGUCGUGUGGCGCUGGAGCAGAAUAGGAUGUUGCCUGUCAUUCUGGAUCUCUUGAGGACCAACAACGAUCUCGAGCUGCGUUCUCUCACUGGCUUCCUCAGAAACCUGACCCGUCACGCCAAGGACAAGAAUGACAUGGCCACAAAGGUGGUAAAUCCCUUGCUUUCCAAACUCCCCGUCGAUGGGCGGCAGAAGGAGCCGUCCAGUGAUGUGGUGGUGAACAUCUGUGGAGCCCUCAACAACCUGGUGACCAGCAGCAUGGUGGCUGCACGAGACAUCACCUUCUUCGACGGUCUGUCCAAGCUGGUGGGCAUCAAGACUUCUCAUGACAGCAGCUCUGCUAAACUGAAAGCUGCUAAAGCAGCGGCAACAGUGCUGAGCAACAUGUUCCAGUAUAAGAAACUACACAAAGAUUACAGAAGCAAAGGGUUCCUGAAAGAAGACUUUUCAGACCUGGGCUUCUGAAUGGAUUAUAAUGUCAAACAAGAAGAUAUUUAAUAAGGACAAUGGAUAAAGAAAAUAUAACCGGAUCACCAGCAAAAUAAAUAUUCUGAAAAGUGGAUAACACACACAAGACUUUAUUGCUACUGUAUAGGAUGAACACUUCCUGUUUAGCCUAGUAUUUUUUAUAUUUUUCCCCAAAAAUCCUCAGGGAUUUAAUGCAAUAUGUCUUUUAUUUAUAUACUGGCUGUAGCCUGUAUAUAUAUAUAUAUUUUUUCUAUUAAUAUACAGAAACACAGAAUAUCCAUGAUAUAAUAAUUAUAUCUUGGGAAUUUAAUCCAUCCUUUAAAAACAGUUUUUUUGUUGAUAUUUGUAGAAAAAUAUCUGUAUUAUGAUGGUAGGGAAGACAUUUUAGCUGGAACAUUGGAAAUGUGAGGGGAUAGAUGAUAUAAGGAGAUUGUAAUAUGUUUUAUAAUACACAGAAAUGCUGUAAACGUCUCUGGGGAGAUUUGGGCUGUUAAUCAGCCUUCUUGUCAUAAUAGAAUUGCUUAUUUCUUACUAGUCUGUUUUAAAAUCUAGUGGGUUUUCUUCUCUCUUUUUUUGGUGUUUUGCUAUGUACAGAUAGUAUGUGUCAUUAUUAAGUGUAAAAAUAUUAACUAUAAUGAUAUGAGGACACUUGGUGAAAUACCAUCUGAAUGUUUGAAUGGAAAUGUUGCAUUUAAACCCACUGUAUGUUUUAACAAAGAAACAUCAAGAUAUGCCAAAUACAUAUGGAUAAUUUCUGUUCACUUAUGAAUUAUUCUGUUUUUCAUAAUUGUGUAUGGUGCAAUAUGUGCAUUCAUUUGAUAGUAAGCAAUUCUACUUACACGUAGUGUUCUUUUUUUUUAUGUAUAAACUUUUAUUAUGGAUGUUGAAUGUUUGGUUUAGGUUGGUAUGCUUGCAGAAGAUAUUUAAUCUGGUGUGUAUGAAAUAGACUGUUAUGAGGGAUUUGCCGUCUUUAAAUAGUUGAGACAUGCUUUUUUAUUUUUCACCGGAUGGAGACUUGAUUCUGCAGAGAGGUCUUGAACUUCCUGACCUUUAAGAAUGCAUUGAAUGUUCUCUUUUCAAAGUCUUUGAUGAUCGAAUGUCUAGAAUAUUUUUUAAUAUCGUUUUAAUAUAGUCGCAAUUUCAUUGUAAAAUGCAUGUGCGUGAGUGUCAUAGAUCUAUGUUCAUAUAAAAAGCAAUAAAAAGGAAAUAAAGAGUU